AAGUAGGGUAGCGAAUUGAUGUCGGAUUUGGACUGAGACAUGCUGUGGGCUGAACAUUAACCGGGGUCCAGCGGCCUCCGCCGGCUUUGUUCGCCGAUCUUGCGACUCGUCUCCGGCCGACCGAGGGGAGAGUGGUGGUGGUGGUGGUGCUGGUGGCGGUUGCAGUGGGAGUCAUGGUGGUCUCUUCGGCCACCAACACCUGGGCCAAAGAGAUGGCCAUUCGAAGGAGGAUCGCCAACAUAUUUAAUAAAAGGGAAGAGGACUUUCCUUCCCUGAGAGAGUACAAUGAUUAUUUGGAAGAAGUUGAGGAUAUGACUUGCAACUUAGUUGAAGGAAUAGAUGUAGCUGCAAUUGAAGCUGAGAUAGCUAAAUACCAAGAAGAAAAUGCUGAACAAAUAAUCGUUGCCCGAGCUCGUAAGGCUGAAGAACUAGCAGCGGCACUCAGGGCAGGCCAAGGAAAUCCUAUAAAGACAGAUCUUGCUGAUGUGGGUGCUGGACAGAGCUCUCAAGGCGUUAGCGGUGGUAUUGGUGUGCAAGGGCAGUAUGCCCCUGCAGCUGUCCUGGGCGGUGGGCUUGCACAGCCACGCCCAACAGGUAUGGCUCCACAGCCUGUCCCUGUUGGAGGUCCAGCUGAUCUCCUGCAGGGCUAUGCGGUCGACGACGAGGAAGCAAUGAAGCUACGAGCAGAGAGAGGGGCCAGAGCUGGAGGAUGGACCAUUGAGCUGGGCAAGAGGAGGGCAAUCGAGGAAGCGUUCAGCAGCAUUUGGAUAUAAACUUCUGGACAAGAGGCGAGGAUUGGUCUGGGAAUGCAAGCAGAAAAAAGAAUGAACUUUAUAUAAAAUAUGUUUACAUGUUAUAAAUUCACCACAGCUACCAGGCCUAUUCGAUGAUAAUUUAUGUUGCAUCCCGUCAGAAGGGAGAAUUCUGAGAUUGUGGCAAAGUUUUGUAAGUGGUUCAUUUGCAAAUUGGUUGAAGUAUUGUAGUUUUGUUGGCUCAUUCAAAAUGAAAUUUCUAUUCUACAGGUAUCCUUCA